AGAAGCAAAGGAGUCACAAGAAAAACUCGGUCGAACGGGAAGCUGCAAUGUCGCCGUGAAAAUCGUGCAAAACGGGUUGAAAACCGUCGGGAAAACUUCCAUGCGUGUGCGUUUUUCGUGACUAAGCAGCGUGUCUGUGUUGUGAAUGUGUGUUAUUAUUUUUUCUCUCUCUCUCUGUGCUUAAACAAUCCAGUGGAAAUGUGAUUUGUUUCAUCCUCACCGCUCCAGCGACAUAGAAACCCCGCACCCUGGUAUCCUUCGAUGCGUCGGGCGCGAAGGAAAACAGUUUGAUUUGGUGCGAUUUACAGGAAGCAACAGCAACAAAAAAAAAGGAUAAAUUAUUAAACCCUCCCAUCCCUUCCCGAACGCCACCCACCGCUGGGUAGUGUUUCUGUCGGCUUCCGGUACCUCAAAUCAUCAUUGUUGAUCGGUGGCGGGAUUUUUUUCCAUUGCAUUUACCUUCGUUUUUGCCGCAUCGUGUGCGCGCGUGUGUGUGUGUUAUUAUUGUUGCAGUGAAAAUUUCAAAAUCCAUCCUGUCCGGCAAAUACCUGCCCUCCCAGCCACCUACCGCGGAUUGUCCGGCUUUUCUCAUCAAGUGUGUGUGUGUGUGUGUGCGUGUCUGUGUGAGUGAGAAAACGGGAAUGGUUUACGUGCAUUCAUCAUUUUCCGGCGUGGAAAAAGGUGUUGUUUAAAUGUUUCUCCCGCCGUGCUAACAACCGUUUGUGUGUGUGAUUGUGCGUGUGUGUGUGUGUGUGUGUGUGUGUUCCGGAAGUGUACAUAAAAAAAGUCGAAGCAAUUGCACACGGAUAAUAAUCAACGUGGGAAAUUGCAACCGGUUUGGGUGGAAAGCACACAGCAGCAGCAAAAACAACAAAAAAGCCCGACCAACCAACGCCCCACAUGCCCGGCACGGAAGGGAGCAGCGGGUACACAGCAAUUGCCCGGGGUCGUUGGGGGUCGCCGAGGGUGAAGGAUUAAUCCAGCACACCACGCAAUCGAAAGCAGCAGCACCAGCAGCAGACGGCGUCGACGACGACGACGACGACGACGACGAAACAGCAGCACAGCGCGCGGUGUACAGUAAAUAAAACUGCACAAUAAUUAUAUCGACCGGAAGCCCGGCGGGCCCGUACGGGACGUACCGAUGGUUGCGAUGCCGGCAGGAUGCAUCACCCGGUCGCCGGCUGGUCCUGGUUGCUGGCGUGUUGCAGCGGCACUGCUCAUAAUUAGCUGUUUAUAUAAUCCGGCAGCAGUCGAAGCGCAACAGAGGCCCAAAAUUACGGAACACCCGAAAGAUGCGGUCGCGGCGAAAGAUGAACCGCUCACACUGAACUGCAAAGCGACGGGAAGGCCUCCGCCCGAGUUUAUCUGGUACCAGAACGGGGUCCCGCUGUCACCGUCCGAUCGGCGUGUAAUCCUGCCAGAAGGGUCACUCUUCUUCCUGAGAGUGACGCAAAACAAGCGUGAACAAGAUGCGGGCGUCUAUCACUGCGAGGCACGGAACUCGGCCGGUGUGGCCAUCAGUGAGAAUGCAACGCUCCAGAUUGCAGUGAUGCGGGACGAUUUCCGGCUGCUGCCGAAGGAUACGGUCGCGCUGGUCGGUGGCCCUGUGGUGCUGAACUGCACGCCACCGCGUGGCAUCCCCGAACCGUCCGUGCUGUGGAUCAAGGAUGGCAAAAUACUGGACAUCAACGGCAAGCACCACUCGCUGGUCGAUUCGGGCAGUUUGCUCAUCUCGGAAAUUCAACCGAACGACACGGGCAAGUACGAAUGCUCGGCGCAGAGCAUGGCCGGUACGAAGACGAGUCCGCCGGCGUAUCUGAAGGUGCUGGCGCCGCCCACCAUCGUCAAGAGCCCACACGAUACGGAGGUGCUCGAAGGGGAAGGGUUUGAUUUGCCCUGUGGGCUAACGGGCGAUCCGAAGCCGAUCGUUACGUGGCGCAAGGAGAGUGGUCGCCUGCCGGAGGGGCGCUCCCGGAAGCUGCUGGACAAUACGCUUCGCAUUGAGGACGCGCGGCAGGAGGACGAGGGCAAAUACUUCUGCGAGGGCCACAACGAAGGUGGCAACGUGACGAUAUCGGUGUAUUUGUACGUGUACGAAGCGCCCACGUUUAUGGAAGCGCCGGUCGAUAUGACGGUGCGGGAGGGCGAGCCGCUGGUGCUGCCGUGCCGAGCGAAGGGACGGCCCGCGGUGCGGAUAUUCUGGGAUCGGAUCGACCGCAAGCACGUGGACAAUAAUGAGCUGCAUCAGGCGCAGCGCGAUGAAACGGAGCAAGGCGACGGGGGACGGAAAAAGCGUGCGGUUGGAUGGGGCUUUCCGGAAGGGUUUGCAUUCGCACCGGAAGUGGCAUCGUUCGUAGCGAAUGGAAGCGGCGAUGGUGGGAUGCGGCGUGGCAACUGGUCGAUCAAGAUUGAACCCGUGUCGGAGAGGCAGCUGCUGCGACAGUAUCCCGCGCGCGUGUCUGCGUACCGUGCGGACGCGAGCGACAGGAACCGGUUGCUUCUGCGCAGCCGAAGAGAUACCGGCGGACCGGAGGACAAUCAGCACUCGGAGGGAACGAUGUCGCCGGACGGUUCCACCGGCACUUCGAUCGCGUCGACGGUCCAUCCACACAGCAGCAGUGACAUUGUGUUCGAAGAGAACGGUAGCCUUUCGUUCCGGCAGAUCCUCAAGGGCGACGAGGGCUGGUACGCCUGUGCGGCCAUCAACGAGGCGGGCAGCAUCGUGAAGAAGAUCCACAUCAAGGUGAUGGCGGACGGGGAGGCGCCGGGGCGCGAUUCGGGCAGCCUCGAGUACGAGCAGAACCGGUGGGCCAACCAGCAGUUUAUCGUGCUGAACAACGUGUUCACCGUGUCGGCCACCUCGAUCGGCAUCACGUGGGACGUGACGGACAGUACGUCGCGCAUGCAGCUGCGCAUGUACUACCGGGUCGCGACGAAACCGGUCGACUACUAUCUGUACAACUCGACGUUCAGCAGCGUGCUGACGACGAGCAACCUGAAGGAGCUGACGCUGACCGGGCUGCGGCCGUACAGUGAGUAUGAAAUCUUCGCCAGCAUUCCGGAGGGUUUGGACGGCUCGGUGUCGAACAUUAGGCGGGGUCGCACGCUCGAUGGGCCGCCGACGGCGCCGCCGGUUGAUGUGCGGGUCGGUGUGAUCAACACGACGGCCGCGUUUGUGCGCUGGUCACCACCGCCGGUGCAUCUGCUCAACGGGGAGCUGACGGGCUACAAGAUUCAAAUCAAGUCGAACGCAACCAAUAAAGUGUUGGGACAGAUGUCGCUCAAUUCUUCCACGCAGUCGGUCGUCAUCAACAGUCUCACGCCCGGCGCCAUGUAUAUUGCACGCGUUGCCAGUCUAACGGCUGGAGGAAUAGGUCCUUACAGCUCGCCAACACCGUUGCACAUGGAUCCACAAAACAUAGUGAGAUCUGACCCAACACCGAGCUACUGGACCGCCUCGUGGAUGUCCGGUACGGCUAUCGUCGUGCUGUGCGUCGGGCUGAUCAGUGCCGCCGUCUUUGCCAUCUUCUGGACGGUGCGCAAGAAGCAGAGCGUGAAAGCCUCCUACCCGGGCCCUUCGGUAACGACGAUCAUCCCGGACAAGCAGCACACGCUCUGGCUGCACGGCAAUACGCUCGUGAAGGCGCCCUCCCACUCACUGGACCCCCCGAGCACGUCCGAGUAUGCCGAGCUGACCAACAACACGAUGCAAUCGCAAACGAUGGGCAAGAUGAUGAUGGGCGGUGGAAGCAUCCCGCCCGAACCGUACGCCACCGUGACGCUGCAGCGUGGCGGCAUGAUGACACUCGGCGGGCUGGGCGGUCCGAACGGCGGCGGCAUGGGCCCGACACUGUCCGAAGAAUCGUGCCUGAAGUGCUCGAACGGCAACAGUCCCACGUCGAGCAACGAGUACAAUGCGCCGAUGCGGGAACCGAUCAACAUUUCGGACGUGUUGCCGCCGCCGCCGGACCAUCCGUAUGGCACGUACCGGCCACCGAACAACAUGACGAUUCGCACCAAUCCGGCCGCACUGUCGCCGCAGAUGAUGCGCAAGAACGGCAACGGGGGUAAUCAGGGCAGCCAGGGACAGCCGCGAUGGGACACGCUUCCGCCACCGAUCCCGAGCUUCCCCCAGAACUGGAUCCGACCGCAUCCGCACCAGCAACAGCAGCAGCAGCACCACCAUCCGGACAUGUACAACAACGUGAACGGGACGGAAAACGAUUACGAGAGCGGGUCGGUGCUGUACGAGCAGUGCUACCGAACGGGGCCGCCGUCGAGUGGGGGUGCGAGUGCGGGGGGCGGUAGUGCCAUGACCGAUCCCAUGCUGAUCGAGGGCAACAUCGAGUUCUUCAGCCAGGCGGGCGAACCGACGGAAGAGUUUUACCGCAACGUGAACCAGGAGUUCUCGGACGAUAUGGGCUUUGAGCCGGCGAGUCCGCCGGCACCGUGCCCGGAAUCGGUCCCGUUCAACGGGGGCAAGUAUCUCGCGUCGUCCUCGAGCGAGAGCCCCAUGAUGACGGCCCGGAGACACAACCAGGGCGGUCGGGGCGGCUAUGCCGGGCACCACAUGCAGAUGCAGCACCAGCAGCAGCUCCAGCACCAGCAACAGAUGCAGCAGCAGCACCACCAGCAACAGCAGCAACAGCAGCAGCAGCUCCACGGACAGAACAGUGUUGAGCACAGCUCGGACGAUAGCGACUGCGACUGUGGCAACGGCAGCAACGAGGGACGGUGGGUGCCGCGCACGAAACCCCGUUCGCGGAGUCGCUCGAAAUCGACCGAUCGAAAGUACAACCGGAAUCUCAUACGAUAAGAGAGGAGGGCCGGAGGGAUGGGUUAUGGGAUUGCUGAAGGGCAGCAACGGGGAGGGGCUUUGCGCCCAUUCUAUUGAGGCUAUCUCUCUUUGUUCGCGGCAUUUACGCCUGCAUAGGGUUAGGCGCCAGACGGUUGAAUGGCAUUCACAAAGGACACACACGCCCACGUGUGUGUUCAAUCAUCCUAUCAUAGAAACGAUAACCCCACACUCACUCAAAACACACAAACACACUCUCAAGUACGUAUUAACGCCUAGCUAUGGCUUUCUCUUCAGUAAUUUAACGAGCAUUUUAGUCUCUCGUAGCUCUCUUAUAGGAGAGGCAUAACUCUUCUUAGGAAUAACGCUUUUUUCUCAUCUUUCCCACUCAUUCGCCAACUGCGGGGAGGGGGCUGUCGGGCUGUAUGCAUGCCAUCGUCCGACAGGCAGACGUAUAACAUAACUUCAUAGGAGGAGAGUAGUGGUAGUAGUAGCGGCAGUAGAAGAAGCCUGUGGGUGAACGCGUAGUGAAAGUAACCGCGUUACACUACUGCUAAAAGCGAUGAAGCAUCAAGGAGAGGGAUUGCCGAGUAGUGCAUUUAAAGUCAGUACCGAGAGAGGGAGAGAGAGAUAGGAAGCUCGAAAUAUGUCCUUUGCGGUACGAUGGGGGUCUCCCUCUUUUGAGGUAAGCGACCGUGCGCAUCAUCAUUAUCAUCAGCUAGCUUCCAAAUAAUUAGGUGAAAUCGUUGCAGUCGAUGGUUGCACGUUUGUAUGCAAUCGCGGGGACAGAGUGGCCGGUGCUGCUGGUGGUUGCUUACUGUAACAGGCAUGUGCAUCAGCCAUUAACAAGGAUAAUAACUCAUUCAACAUGUUUAGCAUUACGUUGAACUUUGCUCUUACGUUAGCGUCACACCAUCUUCUCAUACAUAACAUUAGCGUUUUAUCUUAGAAUAGAGUUGAAAGGGAAAAGUAGAGAGAGAGAGAGAGAGAGAGAGAGAGGGUCAGUUCAAACCGAUCGAGUCUGUUACGACCGAUCGGUGAAGAUUAAUUCCACGUUUUCAAUUCUACAUAUCAAUUUCCUUUUUCGGUUGGAGUGCAAAACACACACAAACACAUCCUCAUAGCCGUAAGACAGAUAUGUAUUUCCUCGGACAGGUGUAUAUAUUUGCAAAAAAUUUCUCUCACAAGCGCGCGUGCGCCAUAGUCAUUUUGUGUAAAGUUACCGAAACCAAAGCUACGACGGUGUGCCAUAUUGGAUUGGAAAAGCCAUUCGCGCAGCCAAACAAAAACUGAUGCAUUUUUUGCCUUCCCCCGGCACAAGGGGAUCGAAUUCAUUGCACAUUGUAUACCACGGAGGGAAAGGAGGAAUGGAGCGGAAAGGGGAAAUUGUUACUGUUUGGUUGGGGGUUUGGUCGAGCGCGAACAAAGCAAAACGUUAAAGCACAGAAGCGCACUCAACACGUUGUUCCUGAAUGAUGUCUUUUGUUUUUUUUUCUAUUGGGAGUUGUUACAAAUUGACCGAAGGAAUGGGGGAGAAAGGGUAGAGAGUGUUCAAUUCCUUUCGCUCCUUGUACAGCUAUCCUUUUGCGUGGCCACUGGGCACUACUGGUUGGUGUCCGAGUUUGGGUUCGGGUUCGUUUGUUGUCGUGUUGUCCUCAGUUUCGUCGGUGUUUGUCCGUUCUGGUUUAGUUUCCCAGUUUGCCAUUUGGGUGAACAUGUUAGGUGUUUACAGAGAUGCAACUUAAAAGACAAAGCAAGAAAGCAUUUGUACAGCAAAAAAAAAAACAAACACACUCACACAUAUAUCUAUAUAUAUACACAUUAAAAUAAUAUAUAUAAAUAUAUAUAUACACCAACUCAAUAAUCAGUAGUGCGUAGGGAUGAUGUGCGCUGCUUAGAGGAUAGCGUGAUCGAGGCGUCUCCUUCCCGGUUUGUUAUAGAUCAGCCAAAUGAAACAAAACCAAAACUGACACCGAGCGAUAUCAAGCCACGAUUACAAACGAGUAAUAGAAGGGGCAAACAUGCAAGAAUGGGGAACGAAAAUUCGCACUUUCUUCGCAAGUAACAGGAAGCAAUUCGAAGUGCAUAUAUAUAUAAAAAUGGGGUAUAGAGGACACACGUAAACAAAAACGUGCAUGAGAUAAAAAGAGAAAGAAUAAGCAAAACAAAACGAAGGGUCCCAAAACACAGAAGCAGCAGCAGCAGCAGCAGCAGCAAAACAAACAAAUCAAAAACAUAUGACACAAAACAAAACAGAUCGACCGCAAAGUAUAAUAUAGGGGAGGAAAUAUUAUAUCAACUGUGAUAAUGUAAUGAAACAAAACAAAAACACAAACAUACAAAGCUAACAAAAGAAAAAAGGGAAAUCCGGUGAAUAACAAAGGCGCCGCGCAACGCAGCAUUAGUUGCGCGCAACCGUGGUUUUGUAGCGGCGGCGACGACGACGAUGGACGCGUCGGCUGUGUCGUUUUUCCAGGUGUCGUUCCCACCUUUCCACCACAGAAUCGCCCUUCCACAAGCGCACGGGCAGAAAAAAGCUCGCCCAAAAUCUGAUCCCGUUUUAUUUUUCGUCCUUCUCGCGAACUCUCCUCACACCAACAUUUCGUUGUUGGUUUGCGAUGAACUUUUGCAUGUCGCAAACGAGUUAAUAUUUUGAACCGAUGUGACAAACACACACACACAUCCCCACGCCAUUGGCAAUUUGUAUGCGCAUUUCUAAACCAAACGCUGUAAACAACGGAACACACACACACAUACGACAAAGACGCAUUUAGCAACAGCAGAACACAAGCGAUAAUACCAUGCAUUACAUAUAUAAUAGUAUUAUAUGAAUUAAUUUACUGCCUUAAACAAAACGUAGCUAAUAAACGCGGAUUAACUUGCGACGGGGGUUAAAGCAAGAAAAAGAGGAAGAAAACGCUAAAGAGCAGAUGAAAAGAUGAGAAGCCCCAAGCGCGCUUGUUGAUGUAACAAAAGGAAACAGGAGGAAACAAAUGCAAAAAACGAGAAGAAGAAGAAGAAUUGAUAUAUUGAAGUUCAAUUUUUGGAACAAGUUUCGGACAAUUUUGCCUGCACGAAGAGCGAGAAAGAGAAGGGACGGGGGCGUGAAAGCAACCCACAAUACACACACACAGCGCGCAAUCCAACCAAACGUGGGAAAGGUGUUGAAGAAAAACGAAAUGCGAACCCUAAAAAGGAAUAACAAAAAGGAAAAAGGAAACACGUGUAAAAGGAAAACAGAAAUCAGACAAGAGAACUCAGCAAGGAAGGAAACACUCACACAGAAAACAGACACAAGAAAACAAGUAAACUUGAGAAGACUUAUUUUACAUCAUGAUUAUUAUGAUUGAUAAGUAUAUUAUUACCAGAAACCCUAGUGGAUAUAUAUCGUUGUAGGCCGAUAUUAGCGAUACAUAAUAUGGGACACAGCAUAAACGGUUAGAGCCACGCGUACCACACGUUCCCCGAGUGGAUUGGUGAGGGCGAAACAACCUCACACACAACUAUCGUGAGUAUGAUGAAGCAAUCGAAUCGGCAGCACAAAUAUUGAGACAGUAGUGGAUAUUUGCUUUAGAAAACCACUCGAGAAGACGGACUCACGUGCGGGAAAGAAGGAAGAAGGAACAAAUCAAAAGUAAGCCAACGGAGGAAGGAAGCUCUCAUACAUAACUACUGCAUGCAUUUAGCGAAACAAAAAACGAAAAAAAGCAAACAAACUCCCUUUAAUCUUUAAUCCAUUAAUUAUUACCAUGCGAAACCAAAACCAGCCAACAAGCAGCAACUAUUUAUGAACUCUCCUAAUCAUAGUGGGGCGCCAUUAUACAAAAAAAAACAGCCAUACCAACCAUUACCGACAAUUAAACACGAGGGCAUGAUAGGGCCAUUCGGGGAAGGAAGGGUCAUAUAAACACACACACACAUAUAUACGUAGUAGAACCAAACAGUCCUGUAGUUUUCUGACCCGGGUACACUACGGAAGAGAGGGGUCCCUCUGACUCAAGGGAAUGGGGGAGCGCCCCCAGAUACGCCCGUCUUCUGUCGGUCCAGUCCAUAAUCCGAUCAGUUUACUAAGGAUAGUACUACUUUUUAAGAACGUUGCAUAGUCUCCACAUAAUUCUACAUACCAUUCUCUCGCCUCUCUCUCUCUCUCUCACAUUCACUCUAGUCUUGAACGCGCGCAUAUAUUCUCAACACAGCAUUUCUCACAAGCACACAUACACAAAGACACACAAAAGAGAUAUAAAAUCGUUACACCAUUAAAGCUUUUUUUGUGGGUGGGGUGGAAUUGAAUCGAAAGCACGAAUUUGAAAGUAUUUUUAUGUAUUUCUUUACUAAAGUAUUUGAAGUGUUAGAUAAUUUUCCGGUUUUUUUAAUGCUUUAUGUACGUGUGUACCACACGACGUGCUGGUUUGGCUACUUGUUCGUACCGUUAGACUAUGUUAAGCCCUGUUUCAUGCAUGCCAAAGCCUCCAGUUUCGUUGUUUCUUGUGUUUUUUGUGCAAGAAAAAGCGCAUGUGCCAUGUAUUAUUUUUACGUACAAAUAUUUAACUCACUGCCCUGUGUAUGUCUGUUUUGCUUAGAAACGUUCCCGCUCUAGAGCGUUGUUUAAUUGGAGGUAAAACAACAGAAAGCCAAACAAACGAAACGAAAAUGCAAACAAAAAAACACACGAGUAUAUAAUGAUAAACCACAAAGAUGAAAUGAUUCUCAACCAGGGGCCCAACACGAAGUAGUAGAGAAACUAUGAAACGGUAGAGAGAUGGAGGCGGAAAAGCAAGGAAUAAAUAGGCUUAACCUCAACGACAUCAAAAACAUAAAACUCAAACACUCACAUAAAAACACAUUACAACUACAUCAUACUCUAGCGCAAAUUUAAUCUAAUCCCGAACGCAAAUUAAAAGACAAGAGGAAGACAGGAAAAAGGCAAAUGAAGGAAACAUAUGAAGAAAGAAGAAAAAAAAGAACAUAACCACAUAGAAGUAAACGAAAACAAAUCCCUACACUAUUCUCCUUCGAUAUUUAUCAUUUGUUUUUUCAAACCAAAUAUUUCGCUUUCUCGAAUCCGCUUUUCUCGCGCGCUCGCGUUUUCUCUCUAUAAUUAAUCGAAAAACGAAAAAAUGCAAAAAAAAACAAGAAGCGAAGAAGGGCUGUACAUCCAGGGAAAGAAGAGUAGCAAUGAAGCAAACAAUCGGAUUACAGUAAUCGUGAUGGUGGUGACGCGAGGAAAAAGAAAACAAUGCAAAAAAAGAGUUAUGAAACAUAUAAAAGCAGAGCCAGUUCACCUUAGAUAAGUAGCGAUUAACAAAACCAAACGACGUUGAAAAGCAAAACAAGUAGUAGCGUGUAAGGUGAACAAAAAAAAAGGUAGGAACGCAACAUGAGAGGAACCAAAAAACAAAAAAGAAAGCAAGAAAAUUCACACAUAACAGUCGAAAAUAAUCAAAGGACGAUAAAAGCAACAAGAGGAAGCGAAGGAGAGAACGUGUUUUUGGGCCAUAGCGUUCGUUUCGUUUUUAUCGUUCUGUUUGGUAGGAGGAAGGGAAGCUAGAGGGAGAGUAACAAAUUUCCCGGAACUGCUGUGUAAAAUUCUCGUGCACAAGCAAACGAAACAAAGAUGGCAAAAAUUAGACGAUAACGGAAGAUUAACAGACAACAAAACGCAAACGCAAAAACGUAACGCAACUUUUAGAUGAUAGUUUUAAACAAACCGAACAAACAGCAAACGCGCAGCAGCAGAAAGGCAAGAAAAGAGGGGUAAAUCAAAAAAAGAAAAACCGAUAACCCAUCCUCCACACUCACAGCUCAAAGCACAGCAACGGAUCAGACAAGUAAAAUGAAGGUAACUGGUCAAAACUUCUUGCAGCAAACCCUAAAACACUUCAAACCAGCAGAAGCAAAAGGAAGCAAACUGACAUGCGAGCGCAGGGAGGAGGGAAGCGUCCGAUACUAUAAACUAACUAAUACAGGUGCAGGUUACACAAUACUGCUAGUAAACUGGCAGAGAAACAAAUCCAUGACACAACGGAAUCAUCAAUCCUAUCUCUUACAACAAGAAAAAAAAACGUAACGAAACAAACAUAAGUAGAAACCGCAAAGUCGGUG